AUGACUAUCACCACCAAUGGAGACUAUGAGUCUCAAGAUGAAGCCGAAAUGGAAGCAAUGGGCUCUGGAGAAGAAGUAGAGUAUCCGGAUACUGGAGAGUUGUUGGUCACUCGGAGAGUGCAAUGGUUAGACAACAAGACUGAGCUGAAGGUCACUGAGCAAGUAAAGAUAUCUUUUAGUGUUGGUAAGUACCAAGAUGAAGUAGUGUGUGAUGUGGUGCCAAUGCAAGCCGGUCACAUCUUGUUGGGUAGGCCUUGGCAAUUUGAUCGAGCCACAUUCCACAAUGGACGCACCAACUACUAUUCUUUCAAGUUCAAAGACCGCAAAUACAACCUAGCACCACUCAACCCAUCUGAGGUACAUGAGCUACAAGCUAAGAUGAACAAGGAAGAUCAGACCUUGAGUGCUCAAGGCACUGUACUGCUAAUGGUUUUAAAAGAGUGUUUAAGUAUAGGAAGCUCAGAUACACAACUUCCUAAACAAGCUCAAGCCGUGCUAGACAAGUUUCAAGACUUGUUCCCUGAAGAGAUACCAGCUGGACUGCCUCCAAUAAGAGGGAUUGAGCACCAAAUUGAUCUCGUUCCAGGUUCUGCUUUGCCAAACAAACCAGCCUAUAGGAUGAAUCCGGAAGAGACCAAAGAGUUAGAGAAGCAAGUUCAAGACCUGAUGGAUAAAGGAUACAUCCGAGAGAGUCUAAGUCCUUGUGCUGUGCCGGUUCUCUUAGUUCCCAAGAAAGAUGGAUCAUGGAGGAUAAGAGCUUAG